AUGGCACAUGUUUCUUCAGAAAUUCAAGGUGAUUCUUCUAAAGAUGAAGCAACUGGUUCAGCAUCCUCCAUUACAUCUCCGUUGUGUGAUCACACAUUGACUGGGGCCUUGCACUUGAGGUCUGUAUCCACAGAAAGUGCUUUUCAGACUUUUUCUGCACGAUCCUUGAUAAGAAGACCUUGUCACACAUUUUUUGUCUCUGGACCAGAUGAAGAUAAUGAUUUUCGAUCUAUGACGUUUCCCAGAAAACUCUGGAAAAUAGUUGAAAGCGAUCAGUUUCAGUCUAUUUGCUGGGAUGGGAAUGGAACUUGUAUAGUGAUUAAUGAAGAACUCUUUAAGAAAGAAGUUCUGGAAAGAAAGGCCCCUUUCAGAGUAUUUGAAACUGCAAGUAUGAAAAGUUUAGUUCGACGUCUUAACCUUUAUGUAUUUAGUAAAGUGCAACAGACUUUUCAAACAUUUGCUUGUCUAGUUGAUAUUCUGGCAGCAGAGAAAGAAAUCUCUGUUUUAAGCAAGAUCAGUGACAAAAGUAGGUGA